UUCGGGACACGUAGGCAGUGUUGUAGCGUAUGUUGAGCUCCACACGCGUGUUGAUCAUCAUGGGGAAGAAGAAGGCUCAUGCAGAAGGGACAGGUUUAGGGAGAACUUUAAUGAAGGACAGACUGAAUGCAGCCCAAGGACACAGAAGGCGCGACACAUGGCUCCACACCAGUGAACUGAAUGACGGAUACGAUUGGGGUCGUCUGAAUUUACAGUCUUUAACAGAACAGAGUUCUUUGGACGACUUUCUGGCCACAGCCGAACUCGCCGGAACAGAGUUCACUGCAGAGAAGCUGAACAUCAGAUGGGUUCCAGCUGAAGCCAGGAGCGGUUUACUGACCGCUGAAGAAUCCAAUAGACUAAAGAAACUUCAUGAAGAUAACAGACAGCUCCUUCGCAUCCCACGAAGACCGCACUGGGAUGUGAACACGAGCCCCGAGAUCCUCCAGCAAGCUGAGAGAGACACUUUCCUGACAUGGAGGCGAGAGCUGGCAAGGCUGGAGGAGGAGCAGAAGCUGAUUCUUACGCCUUUUGAGAGGAACCUGGAUUUUUGGAGGCAACUUUGGAGAGUUAUCGAGAGAAGUGAUGUCGUGGUUCAAAUAGUCGAUGCUAGAAACCCUUCGCUGUUCCGCUGCCCAGAUCUGGAGAAAUAUGUCCUGGAGGUGUCCAGUCACAAGGUGAACAUGCUGCUGUUGAACAAAGCGGAUCUGCUGACCCGAGAGCAGCGUCGCGCCUGGGCAGAGUAUUUUCAGAAGGAAGGCAUCAGAGCGGUGUUCUGGUCCGCGCUGGCCGAGGCACAGCGGCUGGAAGCUGAAGAAAAGAGAGAAGCCCUCGAACAGCUCAGUGAUGCCGAACUGAACAUGGAGAAGAUGUCGGUUCACCCCAGCGGACCCGAGGUCUCGCAGAAGAGCAGUGAAGAUGAAGAAGAAGAAGAAGAGGACACAACAGCAAGUUUUGAGGACUGUACCUCAGAGACAGACUGGCAGACCUGCUCGGAGCCAUCAGGAGAUGAAGAGGAGAAAGAGAAGCCUUCAGUCUGCGGCUCAUUUUAUAACUCCAGUCGUCUGCUGCGCAAAGACGAGCUGCUCGAAAUGUUUAAAUCUGCACAUUCUGGAGCCAAGUGUAAGGAAGGCCAACUAACAGUAGGACUGGUGGGUUAUCCUAACGUUGGAAAAAGCUCCACCAUCAACACCAUCUUUAGGAAUAAGAAAGUCUCCGUGUCUGCUACACCUGGACACACCAAGCACUUUCAGACGUUGUUUGUUGAACCAGGUCUGUGCCUGUGUGACUGUCCUGGCCUGGUCAUGCCUUCCUUUGUGUCCACCAAAGCUGAAAUGAUCUGUAGUGGGAUUCUCCCUAUCGACCAGAUGCGAGACCACGUCCCAGCCGUCUCUCUCGUUUGUCAGACCAUUCCACGCGCCGUGAUGGAGGGAACCUACGGCAUCAACAUCGUCCGACCGAGAGAGGACGAGGACCCGGAUCGAACUCCCACCGCCGAGGAACUGCUUUCAGCUUACGGAUAUAUGAGAGGCUUCAUGACAGCACACGGUCAGCCAGACCAGUCCAGAUCAGCCCGCUACGUUCUGAAAGACUACGUUAACGGAAAGCUGCUCUAUUGUCACCCACCUCCUCACAUCGUUGCUAAAGACUUCCAGCCUCAGCACUUAAAGUUUGUAAAUCAAACCAUUAACGUCGGUCCUUCCACGUGUGUCAGUAAACCUAGCAAAGUCAAACAGAUCGAAAACACUGUGGAUAAAACUUUUUUUCACCAAGAAAACGUCCGGGCGCUGACGAAGGGAGUGCAGAUGGUGAUGGGGUACAAACCAGGCAGCGGUCCACAAGCGCAGGGAAAAGCAGGUGCAGAACAACAAGCUGGGAAACCAUGGAAAAAACACGGCAACCGGAACAAGAAGGAGAAAGUAAGAAGACUCAACAAGCACCUGGACGCUUGAACACCGCCGCGACGUGGAAAAGGAACAAAGACAAACAGUUUCUGUCUGAGGCUGAGGGUCUAAAUGGGAAUAUUUGGACUUCUAAUAAAAACCUUUUUUUCUGAAAAUAGAUUCGCAGUUCCACCAUGAACAUAUAUUUAUGCCUGAUCCAAUAUGAUUUUGUAUUAACGAUGUUCUGAUAGUUUACAUACAAUAUAUAUCCUAAAUAUACCGUACAGUUACUCAUGUAACAGGUUCUGUCUCAGCCGCACAUACCCGGGGGGAAUUUGGGGGGGAGUGUCCUCCAUGGUGCCCUGAGACUGAUGACGUUCUCACCUCGCACUCAGUGCAACCUUGACCUGGAUAAAGUGGUUAAUGAAAGUGUGUGUGUGUGUUGUACAUUCCACUGUGUAUUUAAAAGUGUCAUACUUGACAGGACCUUUUCCACAUUCUUUUUUUUUUAAAGUGGGUAUCAAGGGUUUUGUCAAUAUAUACAUAAAUAAAAUAAAAAGAUUGUAGUCAUAUUUUA